GCCCUUUGCGGGAGAUGGGAUUCAGCCUACGCAAACCCACCGAGACGCGACCCGGGACGGGAGAGGAAACUCUGUGAGAGCGCUGAAAUCUUAGCCGGAUCGGCGGAUUAUCUGCGGGACAUAGACGAGCUGCUGUAGCGCACUUUCUUUUUUGGAGGAUUCCGCCGCUUUGUGCGCCUUGCAGCGGAGCGGACGUUUCACUGCGACUCCAGGCGGCUCCGAGAGGAAACCAUAUCUGGUCAAAGUAUUCGUUGCUGUCACCCAGCGGGACCGGCCGGCUAUAAAUAGCUGCUGGAGGAGCUCCUGCUUUCCUUCAUUUUGGAGAAAACUUUAUUGGCUGUUUCAAGGCCUUCUGCAAGUCCUCAUACAGAAGACCUGCACAGAGACAGAGAGAGGUAUCUUGCUUUUCCAGCAGCGCUGAGGGCACUUGGCUGCCUUUGCUAUUGUUUUGCCCCUUAAGCUGGGGGUCACUGAGAUUGAAUUAUCUUCUUCUAAGACUCUCCAGGCUCCUGAUCUCCUUAACUUUUUUCCAUUUUCAUUUGGAGGGGCUGCUGAGGCGUGCUGUCCACGAUGUCGGUGCUGAGGAAGGAGAUGGAGAAGUACAGGGACAUAGACGAGGACGAGCUGCUGAAGAAACUCUCGGAAGAAGAGCUGCAGCGGUUAGAGGAUGAAUUAGAGGAGCUGGACCCCGAUAACGCAUUGUUGCCUGCUGGGAUGCGACAGAAGGACCAGACCAAGAAAGCACCGACAGGAACGUUUCAGAGAGACAACCUGCUGGCACAUCUGGAGAAACAGGCCAAAGAGCAUCCUGACAGAGAAGACCUGGUGCCCUUCACUGGGGAGAAGAGAGGAAAAGCCUUUGUGCCUAAAAAGAUGGUGGACCCCAUCAUAGAGAGCGUGACUCUAGAGCCGGAGCUGGAGGAAGCCCUGUCCAGUGCUACUGAUGCUGAACUCUGUGAUAUUGCUGCCAUCCUGGGCAUGCACACCCUGAUGAGCAACCAGCAGUACUAUGAAGCCCUCGCCAGCAGCACCAUAGUCAACAAGCAAGGCCUCAACAGUGUGAUCCAGUGCACCCAGUAUAAACCAGUCCCCGAUGAGGAGCCCAACUCCACCGAUGUAGAAGAAACUCUGAGGAGAAUGCAAAGUAAUGAUCCCGACCUGGUGGAGGUCAACCUCAAUAACAUCAGGAACAUCCCCGUCCGCACACUGAAGGCGUACGCUGAGGCUCUGAUGAAGAACACUGUGGUGGAGAGGUUCAGUAUCGUAGGAACCAGGAGCAAUGACCCCGUAGCAUUUGCUCUGGCGGAGAUGUUGAAGGUGAACACGACGCUCAAGAGUCUGAACGUCGAGUCCAACUUCAUAACGGGGACUGGAAUCCUUUCCCUCCUAGAGUCGCUGCAGAACAACACCACACUACUGGAGCUCAAGAUAGACAAUCAGAGCCAACCGUUAGGCAACAAAGUGGAGAUGGAGAUCGCCAGCAUGCUGGAGAAAAACACCACAUUAUUGAAGUUUGGGUAUCAUUUCACCCAGCAGGGCCCGCGUCUCCGAGGCUCCAACGCCAUGAUGAACAACAACGACUUGGCCCGAGUCGUCAGGUCAGAUUCCGACGGCUCCUUCACCCUCACUCUGUCUGUCCCCGAGCUGGAGAGAGCCUUCGGGAAAAAGUUCAAGUCCAAGACUAAUAAGAAAGAGAAGGCUUGAGGGAGGACCCAUCUUCCCAAAGUGUCGGACGAAUGUGUAGAAACCGGGGCUACCUUCAACUCCCUGUUCACCUUCAACUCCCACCAUCGACGACUCCCUUCGGCCCGGAUCGCCGUCCUCCACAUCAGGUUCCACUGUUUCAGUUUAAGAGACAAUCUCUGAACUUUUUUUUUUGUUUUUUUUUAAAUUACAGACUUUUGUUCAACAGAUAUUAAAGGAUCCAGCUGGAUUAAUCGGCAGCAACCUCCUGAGCUCCGUGAGUGACAUUAGCACGAGUACAAUAAACUGUACCUCUUUGUACAAACUAACCAGGCAAACGCCUACUUAGCCAUUUUGAAUCCUUUAAUAUCUUAUCGAUCUAGACUCCUUAAUAAAGGGGCUGAAGGUCUGGUUUUGAAUGUGGGCCCAUUUGAAAGUCGAUGGGUAACUUUUAGCGACCCCUGUUUCUGCUGAGUUGAAUGGAUUCUAAUUAUUAUUACUGUGCUGUAAAUGAGUUGUGCUGUCGUUACUGCUGCUCCCAGCAGCUCUGUUGUUGCUCCAAUGUCUGCGUGCAAAGUUUUUUUUCUAUCAAGCCUUUUGAAAUUGACACACCGUAAGAAUAAAAUACUAUAAUAUCAGAUUUUGAGAAAAUCAUUAAAAGCUAACAUUCUACCUUUUUUUCCUCAUAAACAGAGUCCUUUGGUGACUCCAUCAGAUACUAAGCUACACAGAUUCUUCAGUAAUUGACGGACAGGUUGUAAAGCUGGCUACUGUAAGAUUUGUCACCAUAAUAUAUUUAUUUGAGACAGACCUGGAAAAGAGUCAAAAGCCGUUCAAAUAACUUGACUGGGCUGGAUAGUGUAAGAACACAUGUAAAAAUGUCAAAGAAAGUUAUUAUCAGUCUUUACCUGCCAGCCAGGGAGGCAUCUGUCAAUUCAAUUAGUUUUUUCCUAUAAACCAAAGUCAGAUAUUUCCGGAAUCCACUGUAAGAUACUGUCUGAACACUGCACUGUUAUAUAGAAGUACUCGCCUACAGUCAGACUGCAAUGAUAACCCAAACAAGCUGCGAGUAUUUGAAUGGGUUUGUGUUACACUUUUAACCAGGUCUGGUUUGUUGAGUCUUUGUGUUGUUUUUUUUUUUUUUAUUAUUAUUAUUAUUUGUAUUUACUGGAGCUAAAAAUGUGUGUUUUAUUAUAAAGUGGUUGCUACUGUUGUUUAUUACAGGUUUCACAUUAACGCCUCAAUCCUGAUUUGGAGGGUUUCAGUGAUGGAUGUUGGAUUUAAAAAAACGGGGAAACUUCUAAGACAGAACUACUUUUUUAAUAGAAAGAAACGUUAAGGGAAUAUCUACACAUCGGAAUGCUUCUUCAAUAUGCUUAAUGGGAAUUAAGUCAAAAACUGAACAUAAAAUAAUCCUGUAGGAGUUUACAAUGGAAAUAUUCUUCCCAUCAGGCAAAACUUUUACUCGAUUCACCACACAAUGAGGGAACAGAAGGGUUAGCUGAUAUCUAACCAGGCACUAAAGCUCCAGUAAAAAUCACAGGAAGUGGCGUGUUAGUUUUUAUUAGCUCAAGAUGAAAUUACCUGCUUUACGAAACAUCCGUGUUUCCUUGAAUGACUGUGCCUGUAACUGGCACUCGGAGAUGCAAAAAAAAAAAAAAAAAAAAGAUCUGACAGCAUGUUUAAGGGUUCGUUGACCCAUUUAAUGUUAUUUCAUAUCACUAUGUUGUUACCGUGUCGUCUGUGCUGUGGCCGGUGUUCUACAAGAGGUGAAUGUUGAGAGCUAAAGGUGAACGAGCCACUCACGGUCUGUGUGUGUCCUGUUCUUUACUUCAGUCUUCUGAUAUUGUAGUGCUUGACUCUGUUUUGUUAGAUAGUUCACCUGUUUUGGUUGAAUUUUUUUUUGUUUUGUUUUGUUUAUGAAUUUAAAUAAAGCUUGAAAGUAA